AUGGUUGAUUUGCCAGUUGAUUCUUCUCCCCGUCAAGAAAAUCCUACGGAAAAGAAACCUUAUGAAGAACUACUCCCAUGUGCAGAAAAAAUACUGAGAAAGAUUCCAGUGGUGAGGGGCUAUGGAAUGCGGGAAGAUGGCUACUACACAAUUCACAUCGUUGAUGGUUAUGUGAAGAAAGCGUCACGCUACAUCAAAAAGCAUAUACCUGGGUACAAAUUCAAUUUUGUGCCAUGGAUGAAAGGGGAGCGUAUUCACCUGCUCGGAUGUACCGGGGCAUCACUCAAAAGUAGGGUGAUAAAUAGAGCGGAGUUCGAUUCGAUUGGAACUCUCGGUGGACUUGUUGCAACUAAUACAGUAAAUGGUGUCGAACAUGUGUAUGCUGCAACAGCCAAUCACGUUGUAGACAUUAAUAUUCAUGAAGAGGAUCAAAACCAAAAUACCAAAACCGAACAAAACAAAAUAGAAUUCAUGACUUGGUCCAAAGAUGAUGAGUCUGAUAUACGUACAAUAGGUACUGAAGUUUCAUACAAUAUACCACUAAAGUUGAAGGAUCGUGAUAAUGAAGACGAAGACGAAUGGGUUAUUUUCAAAGACAGUUCUGGCGACGACAACGACGGCGAUUUUCGGGACAGUUCUGAUGAUUAUGAUGAUUAUUCUGACGACGACAUCGACGUCGAUUCUCGGGACAGUUCUGAUGAUUAUUCUGACGACGACAUCGACGGCGAUUCUCGGGACAGUUCUGAUGAUUAUUCUGACGACGACAUCGACGGCGAUUCUCGGGACAGUUCUGAUGAUUAUUCUGACGAUGACAACGACGCCGUAUCUAAAGACAGUCUUGAAGAUGGCUUCACCGACGAUGUUGAUACUACUGGUGAUGAAAAUGGUGCGAAUGAUUGUGUACCAGCACAAUAUGAUAUUGCACUUGUAUUAAUAGAUGAAAAGCACAAAGACUUGGUAGAUCAAUGCAAACCAUGUCAUGAAUGCUGUUCAACCCUCUCAUCGACCAACAAAGAUGUUCUUACAAAAGGAAUAGUUGUAAAACUGGGAUUUUCAAAAAGUCUGAACAAGGGCAAAAUAAAGUGUUUAAAAUAUGCAGGAGAAAUCGAAAUCGAUAACAAAACAGCAUGGUGCUCUAAUUUAGUAAUUAUCGGUUCUGUGCUGUCGAGCGAAUACUUCAGUGAAGAAGGAGAUAGUGGCACAAUAGUAGAGAUUCAGUAUGAUUCCACCAUUGGACAUCACAGCCCGGAUUGCUUCAUGGUUUUUGCGGGAUGGGAAAAGGAAUACAGUCUAAAUGUCUGGAAAUGCCCCGUGUCUCUAGCUUUUAAUCUAAAGCAUGCUCUGGAGAAAUUGAGUGAACAAUUAAAUAACGACGAUGAAACUGAAAAGAUGUUUAGAUUGUCAUGUUGUAAACAUGUCACAUCAGCCUCUAUUUCAAUACAAGCGAAUAACGAGCCUGGUGAGGUGAUAAACAAAAGCAACUCAUCAUCUCAGUCUUCGAUAAAUGAAAUAGAAACGAACCUGGACUGCGCAUCGGGAACAUCGGGAACAGAAACUGUCACCAAGCUUGAUUCAUGUGUCUCGAGGUGA